AUGGAUGAUAUUAACCCCGUGUUGCCUCCUUCUGACAGGGUCAGGUGUUGUAUCCGGAUGGAGCGUCUGGUCACACGACUGUUCUGCUGGAUCUACAGUCGUCCUCGAACUGCUGAUCUCUGCUCCUCGCUCGCUCCGCUGCUCUGCAGAGUCGGGGAUCUGAAGGGAAAACACGGAUCAGUGAUUCCUGGAGACAAAGUUCUGGUGACCGACCCCAACCUGCCCCUCACCGGGGACUUCUCAGUCAUAGGGAGAAGCCUGAAGGUGACAUCGGACAGUGUGGAAGUGUCGUCCCUCAUCCUCCCUGAUGUCCCCAUCACUUGGCUGCAUCUUCAGAGGAUGACAUCAUUUGAUAGAUCAGCCUUCAGAGAAGCCGUGUCCAUCAUCCUCAACGUCACCUCCUGGAGAAUAACAUUGUUACCUGACCAUGCGGACCCGGACACACCGUGCCACCAUGUGGCCUUCUUCAUCAUAGGAUUCAAUGACACGGAUGCCCUGUCCUCAAUACACACCCAGGAAUCACUGGGGCCGCCCUGUCCCCCAUCUAUAGUGACAUCGAAUUCUGGUGCUGGCAGCGACCUAAGAGCAAUGGCGGUCUACGUGGUUAUGGCGUUCACACUUCUACUCCUGUGGUGACCACUGUGACCCCGGACGUGUUAUCUGCCCCCUAAU